AGAGCAGAAUCACUUGGAGGGAUCAGAGUCCUGAGGCACCAGAAAUGGUCCUGUGAAGGAAAAGGCAUCUGGAGACCCAGAAGAGUCCUUGGAGCCAUUUGGAGUUGCUCUGCAGGAGAGAGAAAGGAUGGAGACACAACCUUUGGGAAAGGAGGGAGCCGGAAAAGGCCGUUCAACUGCUCAGCCUGGGAAUGGGGGGAAGCUCUGGACAAGGACUGGGCAGAAGAUCCUGGAAGAAGAAACCAUCCUCCCUUCAGAAGUUCAACCCUGGAAUUUCAUCCAAUACCAGGAGGCUGAGGGUCCCCGAGGACUUUGCAGCCGACUCCAUGACUUUUGCAGGCGAUGGCUGAGACCAGAAAAGCACACCAAAGCCCAGAUGCUGGACCUGGUGGUUCUGGAGCACCUCCUGUUCCUUCUGCCCCCAGAGAUGGAGGGCUGGGUGCGGGAAUGUGGAGCAGAGACCAGCUCCCAGGCCGUGGCCCUGGCUGAAGGCUUCCUCCUGAGCCAGGUGGAGGAGCAGAAGGAGCAGGUCGACUUGCAGGGCUGCACUGUGGAAAUAAAGGAUCCUGAGGGAAAGAAGAAUCCAUCAAAGGCCCCUCAGGAGCUGUUUUUCAGGAGGAUUCCUUGUGAAGAUCAAAGCCAGGACACUUCAGGAGAGACACAAAGCAUGAAGUUUUCUGGUUUUUACGAUGGAGCUCAAACAGUAGUUGAACUUCCAAAUCAAGAGAGUCUUGUGUCCUUCGAGGAGGUGGCUGUGUAUUUCUCUGAGGAGGAAUGGUCUCAGCUGGAUCCUGACCAAAAAGCGCUUCAGUCAUGCUGA